GGUAUUGUAAUUGGAUUAGAAAGAGGCCGUUCUCGCAGUCAGCAUGGCUGUAGCGUCGGAUCGCAGGAUUCGACACGUGUGGGAUGACAGAAGAUAUCUAAGGCAUAGUGAUGCAUAGCAAAAACAUAACGAGGCAAGAAUAAGGGAAGCGAUGUCAAGAUGCCCGGGGGUAGGAGAGGACUCGUUGCUCCACAAAACACUUUCUUGGAGAAUAUCAUACGUCGGUAUAACGCCCUAUCGGACUGCAGCUUCCUGCUGGCGAAUGCCCAAAUUGUGGACUAUCCUAUUGUAUACUGUUCAGAGUCAUUUUGCAAAAUCUCCGGUUUUAACAGAGCUGAAGUUAUGCAAAAGUCGUGCCGGUGUACAUUUAUGUAUGGGGAGCUGACAGACGAGAGUGCCAUUAGCAAAAUUGAACAGUGCCUAGAAACACAAACUCAGAAUCAGUUUGAAAUUCUUCUUUAUAAGAAGAACGGUACCAAAACAUCUGGAAUUUAACGAGACUAUGACAUGCUUCAAACUGCUCGCCAUGCUGUUUUUAAUUGGAAAAUUCCACUUUAGUUUCAACAUGUCUCAAUAUUCAUUUAAUUUGAAGCAACACUUUUAUAACCAUGCAGCGGUAUUGCUUAUAUUGCUUUGUGCUUUAAUUACUAUCAUUUGGUGCUUUUACAUUGUCCUGCCCAGUGGAGUUGGAUGUUAAUAACUGAAGCCUCAGCAGUUCUACAAAAUUCGAACUACUACUAUCUACUCAUCAUUAGAAUCUGUAUUUUGAAUAAUAUGGAUCUUGACUUACUGACUUGUGUUUACCUAAACAGUUUUAAGCAUAAUUUCAUAAUUAUCUACACGGAGAAAAAAAUAUGGUCAAAACUACCUGAAUAUGUUAAAAAUAACCGUGUUUCUGGGGAAGUGAGGACUAUAAUUUUGAAAACCGGAAUUUCCUGUAAACCGUUACAAUAGGAAUGGAACAAUUAUCAAAUGAAUUGUUAAAAUACUGUACAUUUUGGCAUUAUUAACCAUAAUUAUGUUUUCUUAACCAGAAAUAUCAUUUCCACAGGGCAGUUUUAACAGAUUUGUUUUCUCUGUGCAAUGCUUUAAAGUUAAUCUAUAUAAGAAAGAUUAAAGAUUAAUCAAAGAAUUGGUUAAUCUAAGAAAGUCAUUAUGCAAAUUAUAUAUCUAUAUAUCUACAUUAUAUAUCUAAAAUAAUCACAACUAAUCACAUGGCUAAAAUAAUCACAACUAAUCACAUGGCUAAAAUAAUCACAACUAAACGAAAUGUUUGGUAUGAAACUAAAGUGAAGAGUUGAAUUAUUAGUAAUCAUAAAAAUUUAAUGAGAGAUAUUAAAAACAAAAGAAUAGUUAACAGCAUAAUCAAAUACGAUUUCAGGGUUAAAAAAGUCAAUCUGCUUCUUUUUAAAUAUAAUGAGAAAAUAUAACUCAAAUUUGAGAACUAUUAUUGAACUUAGGUUACAAUAUAAUUUGCCUCACUAUUGCAUACAAUGUAAAAUCACUAUAUAAUGAAGCCUCAUGUUGAAUAAAAAAAUUUAUAUUUUUAUGUUUU